UCCAACGCCGAGGUCAUGUCCAUGGACCUGUCGCCCAAGAAGCCCGCCAAGGCCUACGCCAGCGACGGCGGCGCCUACUACGACUGGUCGCCGGCCGACCUGCCCAUGCUCGGCGCGGCCUCCAUUGGCGCCGCCAAGCUGCACCUCUCCGCCGGCGGCCUCGCGCUCCCCAGCUACUCCGACUCGGCCAAGAUCGCCUACGUGCUCCAGGGCGCCGGCGCCUGCGGCCUCGUCCUCCCCGAGGCGGCCAAGGAAAAGGUGAUCCCCGUCAAGGAGGGCGACACCCUGGCGCUCCCCUUCGGCGCCGUCACCUGGUGGCACAACGCCGAGGGCGCCUCCGCGGAGCUGGUCGUGCUCUUCCUCGGCGACACCUCCACGGGCCACGUCCCCGGCCGCUUCACCAACUUCCAGCUCACCGGCGCCGCCGGCAUCUUCACGGGCUUCUCCACCGAGUUCGUCGCGCGCGCCUGGGACCUCGACCACGACGCCGCCGCCAAGAUCGUCUCCACCCAGCCUGGCUCAGGCAUCGUCAAGAUCGCCGCGGGGCACCGGAUGCCGGAGCCUCGCGCAGAGGACCGCCAGGGCGUGGUGCUCAACUGCCUCGAGGCGCCGCUCGACGUGGACAUCCCGGGCGGCGGCCGCGUCGUGGUGCUCAACACGGCCAACCUGCCGCCGGUGAAGGACGUUGGUCUGGGCUCUGACCUGGUGAGGAUCGACGGCAAGUCCAUGUGCUCGCCGGGAUUCUCCUGCGACUCCGCCUACCAGGUCACCUACAUAGUGCGCGGCGGCGGCCGCGUCCAGGUCGUUGGCAUCGACGGCACCCGUGUGCUGGAGACCCGCGCCGAGGCGGGCUGCCUCUUCAUCGUGCCCAGGUUCUUCGUCGUCUCCAAGAUCGCCGACGACACCGGCAUGGAGUGGUUCUCCAUCAUCACCACCCCAAACCCGAUCUUUAGCCACUUGGCUGGUAGGACGUCAGUUUGUAAGGCGAUAUCGCCGGAGGUGCUAGAGACGGCCUUCAACACCACUCCAGAGAUGGAAAAGAUGUUCCGCUCCAAGAGGCUUGACUCUGAGAUCUUCUUUGCUCCCAACUAGAUCAUCCACGCAUCUGUCCAUCUUUUGCUUGGCAACACCUUAGAUUCGAUUUCGAUUAGGGUCACCAAGAGUUAGUUAAAUUGAAGUUUGUCGCGUUUGAUGGAUUAUGUAAUAAUAAGCCUGAGAUGGAUUUGUCAUGAUGGUUAGCUUUUAUCAAACUCUUUGAGAUCAGUUAAUGUUCGAUCUAUGCAAGUGGUGUAUCGAUAUAUUAUUGCAGUGGGUAAUUUGUCACUGUUGUGUGCGCAUGUGCACGCACCCCCUGCUGGUUAGGUUUUCUCAAGCUCUUUGAGAUCAGUUAAUGUUCGAUCAAUGCAAUUGGUCUAUUGGUA